GCUGGCCAAUGGUAGUUUUGGUUACAGGUUGAUUGUUGUCAUGGCAAGGCUGAUUACAGUCCACCAUAGGGCUGCCCGUUCGUGCCGCGCAGGGGUUUAGACAGCCGAGCGAACAUGCUCACUGGCCGCUCAACGAACCAGUCGGCGGGCGGGUUGAUGCGGGCGCAAAGUGCAUGUUCGCACCUGACCCCACCACUUUGGAGACUACCCCGUCCCUCCCCGAGUUUCCUUUCAAGCGUGGACCAUAUACCUCAGGGGUUGGCCUCUACCGACAGUUGACUUUCCAUCACUCCUUUUAGCGGACAACACAGGACAUAUUUCACCAUGUCAAUGUCCAUGUCUGGCCUGAACAGGCGCCGCCAGGCGCCACCUCAGGCGUUCGAAAGCACACCAGCCACCCUGCCGGACGACCCCGAAGAUAUCCGAGCCAAGUCGAAGAAGGACGAGGCCGGGGAGGGAAAAUAUACGCUCCUUUCCUGCCUCGCGUGCGCGCAGCACUGCCGUGUCGACCUCACCGGCUUCUCGUGGGUCAACGCGCAGGGCACGCUGGGACGCGGCGGCCAAGGGGUGGUGGCGCAGACGCGCGCGAGCCUCGACACCGUCUUCGCCUUCAAGCGGCGCCGGCCGCCUGGCCAGGGCCGGUCGGCCAGGGACCAUGCGUUCCGCGAGAUAUGCUCCGAGAUCAUGGCGCUGGGCCACGAGGACCUGCGCCGGCACGAGAACAUCGUCCAGCUCAUCGCCAUCAGCUGGGAGAUUGAAAACGUCACGGACUGGAAGUUCAAACGGGACGUCGUCAUCUGGCCCGUCAUGAUACUGGAGAAGGCAGAGCUUGGCGACCUGGGGCAUUUUCUGCGCGGCAAGGGCGUCGAGACGGAAUUGGCGACGAGAUUGCGCAUUUGCGCUGGGAUUGCGUCUGCACUCGCUGUUGUGCACAGGAACGGUAUCAUUCACGGCGACAUCAAGCCGGGCAAUGCGCUCGUCUUCGCCGGGGGCGUUGUGAAGCUGUCCGACUUUGGCUUCUCGGCUCUGGCGUCUGACAAGCUGUUCGAUCUCGGCGGCACAUACCCCUGGCGCGCUCCAGAGCUCACCUUCCUCGACGGCGCCACUCACGAAGAGGCGAAGUUGACGGACCUCUACUCCUUCGGCAUGCUGUGCUUAUGGGUUAUAUUUAGAAACAAACUUGCCAAGAUGGGGGAGGAGGCAAUACCACCGUCUCCUGUGCGCAGAUCAUCAAGCUCGCUGCUCGGCGGGCUUAGCAGUGCCCUGAGUCGGUUCUCAACCGGACGGUCCAGCACUGUCGCUCCCGCGUCGCCUGAUCUAGAGCAUCUAAAGUUGUCCAACACCCCCGAUAAGCUGACCAACAAAAUGCCUGAGCUAGCGCGGGAUCUCGUGGAGGGACUGCUCAUGGAGGGGCUACCCAAGGACAAGGUUCGGGAUUUGAGGGAGUUGUUUGCAAGGCUAUUGUCAUUCACGCCCAGCUCCCGCACUUCCCAAGACACAGCAACGGAUUUUGGGCAGAUCUCCCAGAGUCUACUCGACAUCAGUUCCAACGACGAGACUAAGCCCAUCAAGAGCAUCGAUGCACCCCAAAAAGGCAACCCACCCACCCCUGGAGCAUUUCCCAGGGCGAAGGAGUUUCAGGUGUCCAACUCGCUAGAGAGCCUCUGCCACGCCGACUUCCGCGUACGGAAGCAUAUAUUCGACUGCCUUCUUCUACAGUACAAAGAAGCCAAAGACGAUGAUGGUACCAAGGCUAUGGCCGCGGUCCAGCUUGCGUUCUGCAAGGAGGUGGGCUUUGGCGCCGUGAAGCACAGCGCGACCGCCAAUGCCUACGGGAAAGUGGGACGGAUCGAGGCCAUACAGCUCCAGAACAUGAUAGAUGCGACGCGUACUAGGCAGGAGCCGUUCAAUGCCAGACUCCGAGCUCUGUGUGCUAGCGGCAUCAUCCAGCCCAUACACUACGGGACCGACUUCCGCUCCGUGGCGGACCCCGAUGUGCUGGAGGAGAUGCAGAAAUCUCGCGAAGCAGAGAUCGAGUGGAUGGAAACGACACUGGGGAAGACACACCCAGCCAUCUUGAAUCUCAAAUGGUCCCUCACCACCCUGCUGAUGGAGAGCGAGAGCCAACUGGGCCCCAUCAAGUACCUUCAUAAGAUGAUGCAGGAGUUGAACGCGGACCCGAAACGUGGCCCCAUGCACCGCGACUCCCUCAUCACACGCGUUUACUUCUGCGUCUCGCUCGACCGCCUCAUGGACCCCAGCACCGCCGAGACCGUCCUAGCAUACAGCAAGAAGACGCACGACAUCUUGGUCGACCACGAGCUGCGCGACCACGUCGUAUUCCUGCAGCUGUCCAUGCAGAUCUCGAGACUCUUGGAUAUCAUGGGCCGCUCGCAAGAGUCGGUGCGCUUCUUCGAGGCCGCCGAGGCCGGCACGUACAAGAAGUUCGGGGCCGAGCACGCGAACACGGUCAUGCUGCUGGACAAUAAGACGGACCGCCUGAUGCGCGAGGGCAAGCCGGCCGACGCGCUGGCCAACCUGGAGGACAUCUCGAAGCGCCUGGACGGCCUCGUCGACGGCGAGGAUACGGUCAAGCCCUACCUGCGCCGUAAGAACGCCGCCAUCUUCGCCAAGGCCGGCCACUUCAAAGAGGCCCUCGCGCUGGUCGAGGACGACAUGGCCGCCAUGCGCGCCCACAGCGUGCCCGAGGGCCACCCGGCCUACCUCCAGGGCUCCAUGAUGAAAGCCAGCAUGCUGCUCAGUUUAGGCCGCUUCGAGGAGGCGGCUGAUAGUGUACGCAGCGUCGUCCGGCUCCUGCAAGAUUUUCCGUGGCCCCCGCCGCCCCCGCCUCCUCGUCCGCCCGGCGACAGCGGCGGGCGCGGCGGAGGCGUUCCGAACAGCGCGGCGGGCAGUCCGGCCGAGGAGCUGGCAGAGCUGCUGGGAAGGAGCGAGAUCGUUACGCCCGGGGAGGGCGCCAGCGACCUCGAGGGGCUCGAUCCAGAGGGCCCGAGUUUUAACCCGGACAUCUUCCCGGGGCCUCCAGAGUAUCUGGUCGCCAAAGCCGUGCUGGCGAUGGCGCUCUACGCCUGGGCGCACCAGCUGACCGCGGCAGAAAUCGUCAUUGACGAGCCUGUUGUCGCUCUCGGUGACGCUGCCUACGAGGAGGCGGCGCUGCUCAGCCGCAGGGCCGACACCAUCUUGAAUGAGCUCAUCCAGGCCAUCGGCAAGAAGCUGGAGGGUGACGCCGGCAUUGUGACGGCAAGGGCUACUGCCACCCAGAGCGAUGCCGACCCUACCGAGGCCAUUUGCAGGACCUCCUCGGCCGUCCUAGGCGCCAUGGACAUGGGCUUUGCCCCGCUGGUCGAGAUGGUGGCGGCACUGGGCAUGCGCAACGCCCGUGGGGGCCUGCACUACGAUAAGGCCCUCGCUGCGGCAAGGCGGAUGAAGCUAGGGCGUAUCGGGAACAUACUCGCGGAGCACCGGCUGCUCUGCGCUGACGGCGAGCCGGCUGCCGACGCCCCGGCGAUGUUCGGCGAUGCUGCGGAACUGAUGGACUGGGUGGCGGGUCGGUGGACGGGCACGUAUCUCUACGAGGACGGAGGGCUUAGGAAGGACCCGACGGGCCGCAAGACACUCACCCUGACGGCCUCUCCCGCGGCGAUAUCCGCGCGGGCUGGCAGCGGCGAGGGUGGUGAUGACGCCGACGACGGGGGUUGGGACGCCGACGUCGAGGGGACGUCGAGGGACGACAUGGGUAACUGGGUUAUCAAGGGGCGAGCCUGGGUCGGUGGGAAGAUUGCCUUGCGCAUCUUCCACGAGGGGGGCAAUAAAGAGGAGGGAUGGGAAUACACUGGGCAUGCCAACCCUGUGCGGCGUGCGUAUGGUGGAUACUGGGGCAUGAGGAAGGCAACGAGGGAGGCGUCGGGGGGCACAUUUCUGUUUUGCAAGUUCAAGUGAAAUUUAAUUCAGAUCAGCUUCGAUAGCUUCAG